AACGAUAAAAAAAGAUAUUGAGGAAAUCUUGGAGCAUUUGAAUGAAUAUCAAGCAUUAUAACAAGUGUACAUUGUACCUAUUUAAUCUUGGUGCAGACGGAUUGAAUACAACGAAACACGACCCAAUAAACCAUUGCUGUUAUUAUUAUUGUGCAUAAAAUUGUUUUCUUAUCUAACCGAAAAUUUUGUAAUCAUAAUUUCUUGCUACAUAAAUAUACAAUUUGAAUUUGUAACUAUAAUUCAGUGAAAUAAUUACUGCGUAUAACUAUUAAUAAUUAUCUUUAAUAAAAAUAACAAUAUAUAAAUAAAUUAGGAAAUCCAAUGGUGUACCCGAUCAAUGUAUUAUUUUACAGGUGCCUGUAUUGUUUUUUGUAAUACUUGUCAUAGAUUUAUACUACAUGACUGAAGAUUUAAAUAUCACUAUAAGGCCUUUGUCUGGCCCGUCCAGGAGUCCUAAAGAAAUAGCAAAAUUUUACAGUACCUUUGACGGAUGGCAAGAAAUUUUGCCAAAAACAGAUAAUACUUAUUCACCUGGUUCUAAAUACUACAAGUAUGAAGUAUCUCCUGGCAUUCCUUUCAUACCAAAUAUGUCAAGACCACCUCUUAAAUCUUAUGAGAAAACUCCUCUGAAAUCUGAUUUUUCAGAAGAUCAGUUAGAUAAUAUCUUUACAUCUAGUCACAUUAAAAAAAAAUUAUUUACGUCUACAAGUUAUAAACAUUAUAAAAUAACAAAUAACAACAACAUUCAAACAGCUGAAGAAACAUUAAUUACUCAAACCAAAACUUCAAAAUUUAUAAAAAACCUGUUCAAAUCUGUUGUAAUAUUCAUCAAAUUUAUGGUUUCAUGUUUUAUUUCUAUUUCUACUUUAACCGAGAUACAUGAGUCUAUAAUGGAAAUUGGAUCAAAUAUAAUUAAUACUUCUAUUCGAAAGAUAACUAAUUGGAUACAUUUAGCAACUAUUACCAUGGUUCACUACGAUUUGAUUUUCAUCACAACUAUACGAAAAAUAUUUGAUCAUUAUUUUGGAAAUACCAGAUUAAACAGUCUAGUCAUUCCAAUAUUAUUUUCAGCGUUGAUAUUAUUUUUAACUGUUGGUAUUUUAAAGUACAUAACACCUUUAGAUACUAUAAUGUGGCAAGAUUCUUGGACAAAUUUUCUUCUAUCACCGUUUAUUAAUAUACUAAAUUUGAUUACUUCAAUAUAUCAAAUAUUUUUCUCCACUUUAUAUUUUGUACUAGAUUUAAUAACUGUAAUAUUUGCUUCAUCAACAGUUGCAAUAAAACUUUUUGGUCAAUUAUUUUUAAAUGUAUUUCGUAAUAUUAAUUCUGUAGUGAACUAUGAUACUCAAAUUAAUACUAUUCCUGUUGCCCAAUCUUCAACAUUUUUACCAUUUGAUUAUAAUUUGCUGGCGAGAAAGGUUAUAGCUUCAGAAGAAUUUCAACGUUUAAUUAUCAAUCAGUUAAAUAUUUCGCAAUCAGAUUUGAUAAAAUUUCAAGAACAAGAACUUCAACAUUUACUUAAAAUCCAAUUUGAACAAAUGAACUCUGAAAACUUAAAUUGGAUUAAUGAUCAGCUAAAAAACCACCAAAUUACACUAAAAAAUAUUAAUAGAGAAAUGUCUGAUCAAGAAAAAGAAACUAUUCAAUUGAUGGAAAAAAAAAUUUCCGAAUUACAAGAUAAGGUUUUACAUUUAAUCAACAAUUUUGAAACAUAUAAAUCUAAGUUAGUAAAAACAAGUACUGAAUCUGUGUCAAAAGAAGGAUGUCAUAAAAAUGAUUGGAAUUCAAUUGUCAAUUAUAUUGAACAGUAUGUCAACAUGACAAUGAAAUCUACACUUAGCAUUUAUGAUGCUGACAAAACUGGAAUGGUUGACUAUGCUUUAGAGUCUGCUGGAGCCACUGUUCUUGGAACUCGUUGUACUCAAACUAAGCCAUCAACAGCGGCUUUAACCAUGUUUGGAAUUCCUUUGUGGUUUAUAUCAAAUGGACCUAGAUUGGCUAUUCAGCCUGGUGUUAAUCCUGGUCAAUGUUGGGCAUUCAUUGGUGCUAAGGGAUUUUUGGUGUUAAAACUCUCAAAAACUAUACAAGUAACUGGUUUUACCAUUGAACACUUACCUAGAUCACUCUCAGAAAAUGGUCAAAUUAAGUCUGCCCCAAAAGACUUCAGUAUUUGGGGAUUGAAACAUGAAACAGAUUCAAAUGGAAAAUUAUUGGGUAAAUAUCAGUUUAAAGUAGAUGGACCCAGUUUACAAUAUUUUUCUAGUGUGGGAACAGAAAAUGUUUUUUCCAUUGUAGAAUUAAGAAUAGAGUCUAAUCACGGACAUGAAGAGUAUACAUGUCUAUAUCGUAUUAGAGUUCAUGGAGAUCUGAAGCUUGAUGGUACUUAAUUAUGAAUCUUAAAUAAAACGAUUAUUUUUAAAUUCAAUGUUUAAUAGCAUAAAAUGUUUUUUUUUUUUAAUUGGUUACCA